GUUGUUCCAAUGGAGUAACCAUGUAUAUAUAUACAUUUAUAUAUGUAUAUAUGUCAUCUUCUGAAACGUUUCUCCUUUUGUUUGUCUGUACAAUAAAUAACAAAGCUUGAUUUAAUUUGAAAACCUAUUUUUUAUUAGUUUGGCUUUCUCAUGCCAGACCACGAGCUAGCUUAAAGGAUCUUCAUUUCUCUUUCAUCUAAACUCUCCCUCGUGCUCCCUUUCAAACCUUUUCACUAAUUUGUUUUUCAUUUUUCCAAGUUCCUGAUCUUCGCUUGAAAAUUACGGAUCUCAACUCUAGUUCUAGAUUUAUAAGCCCUUUCUUCCAUUUCCAGUUUUCCAGGAAAAUAAUCUGCUCGGAUCUAGGUUUUUUGACGUAACUUUUUUAUUUUUCACCUUUUUGAUACGCAAUUUUCCAGGAAAGAUCCAUCCGCAGCUUGUAAAGAUCUCUCCAUUUUUGUUUCAAAUUUUUUUUGUUUUAAAUUUCUUCAUGAAGAAGCCAUUUCUAAAGAGCUAGCUCUCAGGACACUGUUCGAUUGGUUGAUAAUAAUGUCAUCUGACAUGGAGGGGAACGGUGGUGAAAUGGGGAGAGGGAAGAUAGAGAUAAAGAGGAUUGAGAACAACACGAAUCGGCAGGUGACAUUUUGCAAGAGGAGGAAUGGGCUGUUGAAGAAAGCCUAUGAAUUGUCUGUACUCUGUGAGGCUGAAGUUGCUCUCAUUGUCUUCUCCAGCCGCGGCCGCGUCUAUGAGUUCGCUAACAACAGCAACAUAAAAUCAACAAUUGAGAGAUACAAGAAGGCACAUUCAGAUAACUCAAAUCCAUGCCCCACUCCGGAGAUUAAUGCUCGAUUUUAUCAACAAGAAUCAGAGAAGCUGCGCCAACAAAUUCAGAUGCUUCAGAAUACCAACAGGAACAUCAUGGGUGAAGGCUUGGGGUCCUUGAACAUGAAGGAGUUAAAGCAGUUGGAGAAUCGACUUGAACGAGGAAUCACAAGAAUCAGGUCUAAAAAGCAUGAAAUGAUACUCGCAGAAACUGAAAAUUUGCAGAAAAGGGAAAUGGAGCUUGAACACGAAAAUGCACUCCUUCGAGCCAAGAUUGCAGAAAAUGAGAGGCUGCAGGAACUAAGCAUGGUCUCAGGGCAAGAAUACAAUGCAAUUCAGGCAUACCUUGCUCGCAAUGCCCAUGCGCUUCAACUCAACAUAAUGGAGGAUGGUACUGGACCAGAUCAUACUGCUUACCCACCACAGCUCCCUACAGACAAGAAGCACUCUCUCCAUCUUGGGUAAAAUUAAUUUGGUCAUGAGAGCUAGCUUGCCCUGAUGGUAUCCCUACAUAAUGCAUGGAAUAAAGAAAUUUCAUUUUGAUUGUCAGUACUCUACUACUUGUUUGGGCUCGAAACAUUGUACUUUAGUAGCCGCUAUUGUGCUAGUAUGUGUGAUUUUAUCAGACCAUAUAAAACUGUAACCAUGCUUAGGACA